GUGCGCAGAUGCAAGGUCUAUUCUGACGUGCGCGGGGGCGCCAAGAUGCUGAAGGCGCAGUGAGGAGAAGGCCGAGGCGGACAAACGUGCUCCGAUUACUGGGCACCGUCGCAGUGAUUUGCGGUUGCCGGAACUCGCGCCGUCGGUGCAGGCAGGACGACGACUCGACUCACCGAUGGAGGAGCCGAGCCGUUUCUACAUGAUGUCUUCGUUCGGUCAGGCGCCGCGCGAGCGAGAUGACUUUGGGCAGAAGAGGAGGAAGAGAAGUCGCUGGAGCAAUGAGACAUCUGAUCAAAAGACGGUGAUUCCUGGAAUGCCGACUGUGAUUCCACCAGGCCUUACCCGUGAGCAGGAGCGAGCUUAUAUCGUGCAACUACAGAUUGAAGACCUGACUCGCAAACUGCGUACCGGAGACCUUGGUAUCCCCCCAAACCCUGAGGACAGGUCUCCUUCUCCUGAGCCCAUUUACAACAGUGAGGGCAAGAGGCUGAACACCCGCGAGUUCCGAACUCGGAAGAAGUUAGAAGAGGAGAGACACAAUCUUAUUCAGGAGAUGAUUGCCCUGAAUCCUGAUUUCAAACCCCCAGCGGACUACAAGCCACCAGCCACACGUGUAAGCGACAAAGUGAUGAUACCGCAGGACGAGUACCCGGAGAUCAACUUCGUCGGAUUGCUGAUUGGACCCAGGGGCAACACGUUGAAAAAUAUUGAGAAGGAGUGCAACGCCAAGAUCAUGAUCCGAGGGAAAGGCUCAGUGAAGGAAGGGAAGGUGGGUCGGAAAGAUGGGCAGAUGCUCCCCGGCGAAGAUGAGCCACUGCACGCGCUGGUCACAGCAAACACCAUGGAGAAUGUGAAGAAGGCAGUGGAGCAGAUCCGAGGUAUCCUGAAGCAGGGGAUUGAAACUCCCGAGGACCAGAAUGACCUGCGGAAGAUGCAGCUGAGGGAACUGGCUCGACUCAAUGGCACCCUGCGGGAGGAUGACAACAGGAUCCUGCGGCCCUGGCAGAGCACGGAGCCCCGAAGCAUCACCAACACGACGUUGUGUACAAAGUGCGGUGGGGCUGGACACAUUGCAUCCGACUGCAAGUUUUCCAGGCCAGGCGACCCACAGUCAGCUCAAGACAAGGCGCGGAUGGACAAGGAGUAUCUCUCGCUAAUGGCUGAACUGGGAGAAGCACCGGUUCCAACAUCGUCGACAUCAGUGGGACACCCAAGUACAUCGCAGCCCAGCGUCCCACGCACCACAGUCCCCAAUAACACCCAGCCGCAGAUUCCAAGCAGACCUCCGUGGAUGAACUCUGGCCCCUCAGACAGCACUAGACCUUACCACGGGAUGCACGGUGGCCCAGGAGGGCCGCACCCUGGCUUCCCGCCCCCGAUGCCCAGCAUGAGUGGACAUCCGAUCCCACACAACCCCAACGGGCCUCCGCCGCCUUGGAUGCAGCCGCCGCCGCCUCCGAUGAACCAGGGUCACCCACCUGUGCACCCACCUAUGAACAUGAUGCCCCAUCCGAUGGGGAUGAUGCCUCCACCUCCCCCACCGCCAGCCAGCCAGCCUCCGCCCCCGCCCACCGGCCCCGUCCCCCCUUGGCAGCAGCAGCAGCAGCAGCCACCGCCGCCACCUCCCAGCAGCAGCAUGGCCUCCAGCGCACCCUUACCCUGGCAACAGAGUGAAUACCAACACCACGACGACUACUGCGGCGACAGUCCCUCCGUGGCAGCAGCAGCAGCAGCAGCAGCCGCCUCAGGCCCAGCCCACGCCGGCCUCCAGUGCGGCCCCUCCUCCGCCGAUGCCUGCCGCCCCUUCUAUGGUUCCCCCUCCCCCUGGGGUCCAGCCUCCCCUCCCCCCCGGAGCCCCACCUCCACCACCCCCUCCUCCACCCGGCACGGCCGGUAUGAUGUACGCUCCCCCACCCCCUCCCCCCAUCGACCCCGGCAACUUUGUGAUGAUGGGGGUAGGCGUCCCAGCAAUGCCCCCCUUUGGAAUGCCCCCCGCUCCGCCCCCUCCCCCUCCCCAGACUUAAAAGACCCCUUCCUUAAUAACCCGUACCCUCGAAACAUGUACAGAUAAGGACAUUCACUCUAAAGCCAGUGUCAUGACUGACGCAGGAACUCGCCAAGACACGCUUUUUGUGGAAUUUUUUUUAAGAUUUUAGAACAAAACAAAUAGUAGGCACAACUGUAAAUGCUAGGGAGCAGCCUCUGUGUCUCGAGGGGACAGAGAGCCUGCCAUUGUGUCCAGCUCGGGGAAGUAUGGGAGUGCAGUUGGUUGUCGAUGAGGGGGUGGAACGAGAGGGAGGAUGGUAACGCCGCAAAUACACCGUCUCUGAACUGCGUCCGGCUGUGGCCAGCUCAUGAUCAGGCGAAGGGGUCGGAGUGACUCUUCCCCUCCCCUUACCCCCCCUUUUCCCUUUUAUUGAGGGCUUGCGUGUGUGCGAGUGCCUGUGUCUUGUGCAUUCCUGAAUCUGCCAGAAGCUGCAUCAGCGUUCUGGAGGUUAACAGGCUCAGCGUCUGCUGGAGGAAGUUGCCUCCGGUUGAACCAAUGCCCACUACAAACUGGUUGUUUGGGGAGGGGAGCGGGGAAAACAGGGAUCAAGAAUUUGCAUAGUUAAAGGCAGCAGUAUCACCUGCGGUUCUCUCCAUGGUACAACAAUCAGUUCAGAAAUGAGAAAGUUCCACUUGCGAAAUGGCUUUCCGGCUGUUUCAUAUUGGUAGCUCGCGCUGGGCCCCCGGGGCUCUUGGCAGUGGCUUGUUUCGGAAUGCGUAAUGCUAGUAAAUGUUGCACAGCGGUCGGGGGUUGAUUUUCUUUUCGUUGUUGUUACGCCAACCAAUGAUCUUUCCUGAUGUUCCUCGUCCCCCCCCCAUCCUCUCACCUGAUCUUUGGUGCUACAAGCAAGAGAUAUACGAGGAGGAGGAAGAGGUCUGUGCCUUCCUCCAAACCCCAAAUUCAGAAUUAUCAAGCACCCUCCUGCUGCAAGAAGGUGGAUGGGGCCUCUUGCUCCCUGCCAGAUCCUGAACCAGAGAGUCCGUGGGCCGU